CACCACCUCCGAGGCCAGGAAGCUGCGGGGUGUGUAUGCUCCGUGUGUGCUCACAGCCGGCUGCUCCUCCCAGAGCUCGGGACUGGGAGAGCUCAGCGGGUUCGAAAGGCACAGGAACCCCUGAUUGGGAUUUACUCGGCGGGAUAAAAGAAAUCAAGUUCUCCAGGAUGGCUGGCAAAGAGGAGAGCAUGACUGGAUCUCUGUGCUCCACCGUCCUCUGAGUUCCUGCAGAGGAUGGAAAAUCCCCCCGCUGUGGGAUAAGCUGCCCCAUGUGUGCCUGCCUCAGCAUGCUGAAAGCUCCCACCGCGAUUCCGACAUCACACCGGUUCCCGACUGUCGUUCCUCGUUAGAACUUUGUCUGCUGAACCCCAGAGCCUGCUCGGCUCUGCCCUGAGCACGGCAGCUCCUGCAGCCUGUGAUCCCAUCACUCUAAUGAGCUGAGCCAGUCCAGCGAGGAGCUCCAGGCUCUGUCUAACACGACGGCCCUGUUGCAGCUCAGCCCCACGGUGGUGUUGGAAGGGGAUCCCCCAUGGCUGCUGCCAGGGGUGAGGGGCCGGUGGGGACCCCACUCCUGCUGACCGGCGCUGCCCUGGCCCUGCUCGGUGGCCUGGUCUACCUGGGUGCCCUGUGUGCUGCCUGCAGACGCAAGGGCAGGAAGAAGGUCGCUCCGGAUGGGGUGAAACUGGUGGAUGAGUCCCUGCUCCGGCAGACACAGCUGCGAUCGCUCAGCAAGUCGGACACGAAGCUGCACGAGCUGUACCGGCUGAAGGCCAGAGACAGCGCCCAGCGCCCAGCCAGCCUGGACCUCCCCGCAGCCCCCGCAGCUGAGUCCCUGCCCAGCUCUGGCCUCCUGCACCGUGAGCUGCCCCAGAUCCCCGUCCCCGAGCCCCCCGCCACAUCCCCGGCCCCUGACCAGACCUACUCCAACCUGCUCUUCACCCCACUGCGGAAACCGGCAGCAGACACCAUCUAUGAGUCCCUGGCAGUGGGGGGGGAGGACACUCCAGUGUCCCUCACACCCGCUGGCACCCAGCUGUCCCCCCCGCGGGUGGGGCACGGGGCGGGCGAUUACGCCCGUGUCCAUAAGGUGAAGAAGGCGGUGCCUGUGGAGGUGCAGGAUGAGGCCAUGGCAGGACCCUCUGGAGCACAGCAAUGCUGGGAUGGCACAGGCAAUGCCCCCCAGGCCAAGCUGGAAGAGAUGUACUCGACAGUGUGCAAAGCCACCAAGAAGAAAUCCCAGGUCCCUGCAUCGACCCCAAGGGCCUCGAGGAAGGCGGGUUCUGGGUGGCCACCCCCACACCAGCAGGAGGGUGCCCCAGCCGGGUGCUGGACCUCGUCAGCCCAAGGCUCCUCUGACCCCUGCUAUGAAUCCAUCAAUGACAGAGCCUGGACUGCCCAGGGCCGUGGCCCCGACCCCGACUACGAGGCUGUGGACAUGAACUGGAAGAAGGCAGCGAAACGGGACAAGCUGGGGAAGACCUGUGUCCCUGAGAACCUGUACGAGAGCGUUGGGGACAUUUGGGCAGGGGAGCCCCGGAGAGCCUCCACCCGGAGGACAGCCAACGGACUGGAGGUUUACAUCACCAACCUAUAGCCCCCUUGGAACUGGGGUCAGUGCCACAGGGGGGUCCCACCCUGGCUGGACACUGUCAGUGCCCAGAGACAGGCACCUGCAGCCCUGGGGCAUCCCUGCACAGGCUCUCUGUAUAUAUUUCUGUUAUUUUUUUUUAAGUGUCCUUGUCCCACCCCAGCCCAGCUGGUGCCAGCAGGUUGAUGGUGGGAUGCCCCAGGAUGGGCAGUUUGGGGGUGCUGGGUGCUGUGUGGGACCCCAAUGGGACAGGGCUGGUGGUAUCACCAAGAUGGGAAUGGGGGGGGACCGGUCCUGUUUUAGGGCAGGAGAUGGCAGGACUGUGGUCAACCCUGUCAGGGGCUGCAGAACUAGACCCUUAUCAGGAGUUUCAUGCCAUGAGUGAGGGUCUCUGUCUUCCUCCUGCUGCCUGGGGGAGAGCAGGGCUCCCUCCAGCCUCCAGGAAGCCCUGAGUGACUUUGCUCCCAUCACGGAAUGUCCCUUGUUGUUGAGGAGAUGGAAUCAUCUCUGUGCUUCUAUGGAAUCAUAGAAUAUCCUGAAUUGGAAAGGACCCAGAAGGGAUCACUGAGUCCAACUCAUGGCCCUGCAUAGGACAAUCCAGAAAUCCCACCGUGUGGAUUGUGGACUGUGGCAGUGUGUGGACUGUGGGCUCUGCUCCAUUCUCCCACUCCCACCCACCCUUUCAGACUCACGCAAGGGUGUCUC